AUGUUCAGUCGACUUACUUGCGCUGUGCGGAGAUCUUUAUUCAAGACAUCCAUAUCUAAAAGAACUAUCCUUUCUUUUGCGCCUCUAUACAAGGAUUAUUCCCUCCAACAAACAAGAGUUGUCCCAAAGUUGAGUACAUUCUACUCGGCUAACCCUCAUCAUGAAGAUCGCAUGGAUCGUCUCGAUGUUCUUUUAAGGAAAUAUAUUAAACUACCUACUGUUCAGGUCUCACUAGCUGAAAAGCCAGCGUGGCUAUCCUUCAGUGAAUAUGCUCUGAUAGGUGGUGGAACACGUUUGAAACCAAUCCAAUAUCAGCAACUCAUCACUGCGUUGAACCGCCUUAAUUCCAUUGACCCUGAGCUUAUAAAUGAUGAGAUCACAAACGAACUUUCCCAAUACUACAAAAAGACCAAAUUGCAAUCUUCGCGGACUUCUGUUAAAACCUUAGAUGAGUUCGGGAGAAGCACCGCUGUCGGAAGAAGAAAGACCUCUUCUGCCAAAGUCUAUCUUGUCCGGGGCUCAGGGGAUAUUUUGGUCAACGGCCGUCAGCUGAACGACUACUUCGUGAAAAUGAAAGAUAGAGAAUCAAUCAUGUAUCCUCUUCAAGUGUUGGAUAGUGUUGGUAAAUAUAACAUUUUUGCUACAGCAUCUGGUGGUGGAAUCACUGGACAAGCUGAAGCUAUCAUGCAUGCUGUUGCAAAAGCCCUCGUUGUUUUCAAUCCUCUUUUGAAAAGCAGAUUGCAUAAAGCAGGCGUUAUGACAAGAGAUUACAGACACGUAGAGAGAAAGAAGCCUGGCAAAAAGAAGGCCAGAAAAAUGCCAACUUGGGUCAAAAGAUAG